UGUGCAAGGGAGGGUGGCUCGGUGAGCGCGGAUCCCGGGAUCAUGAGCGGCUGCCCCUUCAUGGGCAGCAAAUACCAAUUUAAUUUUAGCAAGCUAUCUUUGGAAGAUGAGAAAGAUGACAAGUCACAAGAAGGGCUGAAUAAAGCGAGCAAGGGCGGACUCGUCUAUGGAGACUAUCUCCAACUGAACAAAAUAUUGAAUGCUCAAGAACUCCAGAGUGAAAAGAAAGGAAACAAAAUCCAUGAUGAGCAUCUUUUUAUUGUGACACAUCAAGCUUAUGAGCUUUGGUUUAAGCAGAUUCUAUGGGAAAUGGACUCUGUUCGGGUGAUCUUUCAAAAUGGCCAUGUAAGAGAUGAGCGGAACAUGCUAAAGGUUAUUACUCGGAUGCACAGAAUUUCCAUGAUUCUAAAACUACUUGUGGAACAGUUCUCAGUUUUGGAAACAAUGACCGCACUGGACUUCUUUGAUUUCAGAGACUACUUAAGCCCAGCCUCGGGUUUUCAGAGCCUGCAGUUUCGCUUGCUGGAGAACAAAAUUGGUGUUCCGCAGAGCCUGAGGGUGCCCUACAACCGCCGGCACUACCGUGAUAACUUCAAGGGGCAGGAUUACGAGAAACUGCUUCAGUCGGAGCAAGAGCCAACGCUGCUGCAGCUGGUGGAGGCAUGGCUGGAAAGAACACCAGGACUUGAAGCAGAGGGAUUUGAUUUCUGGGGACAAUUUGAAGUGAAUGUUUUAAGAGGUCUGGAAGAGGAAUUUGCCAUGGUGCAGGCCAAACCAGAGUCAGAAGAAAAAGAUGACCUAUUAUUGGAACUCCAAAAACAGAAAGAUGUACUACUUUCGUUAUUUGAUGAAAAACGCCAUGAACACCUUCUUAGUAAAGGAGAAAGACGACUGUCUUAUAAAGCACUGAAGGGUGCCCUAAUGAUCUACUUCUACAGGGAAGAGCCUCGUUUCCAGGUUCCCUUCCAGCUUCUUACUUCUCUUAUGGAUAUUGACGUACUCAUGACCAAAUGGAGGUAUAACCACGUGUGCAUGGUGCACAGGAUGAUCGGCAGCAAGGCUGGCACAGGGGGCUCAUCCGGCUACCACUAUCUGCGCUCGACAGUGAGCGACAGGUACAAGGUGUUUGUGGAUUUGUUCAAUCUUUCAACGUUUUUAGUGCCAAGGCACUGGAUACCAAAGAUGAAUCCAACUAUUCAUAAAUUCCUUUAUACAGCAGAAUAUUGCGACAGCUCCUAUUUUAGCAGCGAUGACUCAGAUUAAAGCACCUUUCCAGGACGACUGCUCUAAAGCACUUCAGAUCCACCACAGUGACUGGUGCUCUCUCUCAAAUAGAGCAACUGCUCUUGUACAGUGGGGGGGGUGUAAAUAUGUAUUUAUAUGUAACAGCUCUGUGAAUAGUAUAAUCAGCUUAUUAUAAAACAUCUGUAUUGUAUUAGGCUAUGUUAAUACAUCCUAAUUAAACUCACUGACCAAUGUGGGACCAGUAGGUUAAAAAGCUGUAUCUUUACCAAAAAGAGGGCUAAAGGGAGCAAAUCAGACAGAAUUACCAUACUCAUCUCUUAUUUGCACAUUUUUUCCUAGUGGAAUUUCAAAAAGAAAUUUGAGGUAAGAUUUACAAAAGCAAGAUUUUUAGAAAAAUCUUAAGUCUUGAAUCUAUGGAAACUGAAAUCUUUAUACAUAUAAACUAGAGAUCAUAUU